AUGGGGAAUUGUUUCCAAGGAAUGGUUAUAUCGAUGUUUGUAAGGGAUAGAGCGUUCACUUUUGGACACGGUGAGAUAAGCAACAGCGUUGGCGUUAAAGCCUCACAGCCAAUGGAUGAUGUCAGUCCUUUCCUACCGUCCAGAUCCUUGUCCAGCAAAUCUAGAGUUUCUGAAACUUUUCAAAGCAGUCCGCCUUUGGUUAGGUGUGUGAAAUCCAAGCCGCAGUCAUGUCAACCUACAAAUACUACAUCAAACUUGGCGAUAAGUCCUUCUCAUCCUUCUGAAACACAAACUGUAACAGCUUCCAAGAUUAGUGGUAGAAGUGUUAAGCAGUCAAAACCUAAACAUUACGUUGCAUUAUUCGAUUAUAAUGCUCGAACGGAGGAGGAAACAUUUCUUUGCAGAAGAGAUGAAGUCUUACUUUUAGCUGACACAGAUCCAGAUUGGUGGCUUGUACAGAACUUAAGUUCCGGUAGGAAAGGAUAUGUUCCAAGCUCGUUUGUUGCGAAAAAAGGAUCAGUUGAGGCUGAAGAAUGGUUUAUGCCCAGGUUGUCGCGUAAGGACUCUGAAAGGCUACUACUACUGGAAGGCAACGCUCAAGGCGUAUUUUUAGUACGUGAAAGUGAAACCAGCCAAGGUUCCCUAACAUUAUCUGUACGAGAUGAAGAACGUGGAUUAUCCGGUAUUAUGAAUACAGUGAAACACUAUCGUAUCAAGCAUCCGGAUUAUCGCUAUUACUAUAUUACAACCAAAUGUAGUUUUUCUAGUCUUCAAGAAUUAAUACAAUUUUACUCAAUUGAUUCUCAUGGUUUAUGUUGUAAACUUACAAGGGCAUGUCUAUGUCCACCACCAAUAACUUCAGAUUUAUCAGUUAAAACAAAAGAUCAUUGGGAAAUAUCUAAAUCUUCAAUUGUUUUAAUUGAAAAACUUGGAGCUGGACAAUUUGGUGAAGUUUGGAAAGGUACUUGGAAUGGUACUACAGAAGUUGCUGUAAAAACUCUAAAACAAGGUACAAUGACCAAGGAGGAUUUUCUAAAAGAAGCUCGUAUUAUGCGUGCAGCUCAACACCCGAAAUUAGUUCGAUUAUAUGCUGUAUGCACAGAAGAUCCUAUUUAUAUUGUUACUGAAUUAAUGUGUAAUGGUAGCCUGCUACAAUAUCUUCGUGAUGGACCUGGAAAAAAUUUACUAAUUAAUCAAUUGGUUGAUAUGAUGGCUCAGAUUGCUAAUGGAAUGGCUUAUUUGGAGAAGGAGCACUAUAUUCAUCGUGAUUUGGCCGCGCGUAAUAUUUUAGUUGGGGAAAAUAAUUGUGUUAAAGUGGCUGAUUUUGGUUUAGCUCGUAUGGUGGAAGAUCACUACUGUACAUAUAUGGCGCAGAAAAGUACAAAAUUCCCAAUUAAAUGGACAGCACCAGAGGCUGCAUUAAUGGGUCGUUUUACAAUAAAAUCAGAUGUCUGGUCAUUUGGUAUUGUCAUUUACGAAUUAAUUACACUAGGUCAAGUUCCUUACCCAUCAAUGAAUAACACAGAGACAUUGCAUCAAGUUAGUACUGGUUAUCGCAUGCCACGUCCAGUGAAUUGUCCACAACCAAUUUAUGAUAUGUUAUUACGAAUAUGGGAUAGCUGUCCAGAAAAACGUCCUACAUUCUCAUCUCUAUUUGAAUUUUUCGAAGAUUAUUUUGUCACUUCUGAUGCUAAUUAUAAACAUGCUAAUUCAGCAUUAACUGCAUGUAGUGCUUGUAUCACAACAGUUAAUAAUAAUAAUAACAAUAAUAAUAAUAAUAAUAGUCUACACCAUCUAUCAAACUUAACACCACUUGACACAACAAGUUCAUCUAGCACAACGUCGAUCAAUGUCGACAGUACUCAUUCCGCUGUAUCCAAAUGUUGUAGUGGAGGUCUGUUAUUAAGAGAUAAAUUACUGCGCCAAAGUACUCAAUAGUUGAACAAACAAGUGAUUAAAUUCAGUUCUUAAUUCUUGUUUGGUUGUGUAGUUUGUCUCCAUGUUAUUGAUUAAUGGAUCAUUGAAACUAUCUACCUGAAUGUAAUCAGAUUAUUCUUUUUGCUCAUCUUUUCUUUUUUUUUUUAUAAAAAAAAUGGAAAAUUGUGUUUAAUGUUUCAUUAACUGCAAUACGAAUUAUUUCCUAAUUUAUUUAUUUAUAAAGUGUAUUAAAGUGUAUUGUCCAUUUAUGAUGCAUUUGAUGAUGAUAGUAAUGAUAAUGAGAGCCAUUUCAUUUGACAGUGAUGAUGAUUAUUAUCAUAAUAAAACGUUGAUGUAUUGAAAUGUGAAAUGUCUGUUUAAUUAUCAGAAUAUCUAUUGUAAUUAUGAUUAACUUUUAUCUUCUUUGAUCAACGAACACACUCAAGAAGAAUUGCAUUUACAAGUAAUAUCUAUUGUAAAUAUUAAUACAACAACUGACAAGCGUUACCGUAACUCAGGGUUUUGAACAAUGCAUUUCAUUGUCCUUUUUUUAUUUUUUUAUUUAAGCAUAUACUGUUUGUUGUUUUCUUUUUCUCUCCGAUUAAUGAUAAAGUAUUUCUCAUUAUCUCUGUUUAUCUUACUUUAAUUCUCUUCUUAAUUGUAUUCCUUCAUUUAUUUACCUUCAAUCAUUCAUACCUUUUUAUUUAUGACAUGUAAAUUUAUAUUAUAAUAUUAAUUUCUAUGGUGAUUGUAUUGUGUAACUGACUUUUCAUUGACUUAUUAUGCAAUUUCGUGAUUCGUUCCUUCUCCUCUUUUCUGAAAUAUAUUUCACUUUAAAAAAUUAUUGAAUGAUAGAAAAACAUUAGGUCAUAAAUUUCACUUAAUUGUUUAUCCUUUUUUCGUGUUGUGGACGAUUUGUUUAAACAUUCUUGAUUCUAACUUGAAACAAUGAUGGAUUAUUAUUUCUAAUAAUGAGUGUUUUGUUUUCAUUAGUUUACUAAUUCAAUCCCCCCCCCAAAGAGUAAUUGCAUAUUUUCAAAAUCAAAAGUAUUUGUCGCUUUCUUUUCAUAUUUGUUAUUCUUUUAUUUUGAAUACAGGAAAGUAUAUAUCUAUGCAUUUCUCCUCCUUAUCCUUCCUAAUUAACUGACUACAUUAUUAUUAUUAUUAUUAUUGAUUUAUCUAUUCAUUCUAGGCUAAUAAUUUUGUUCAUAACGAUUCCAAAAUGUUAUAACUUGUUUAUGUGUUAAUGGUUUUAUUGUGAUAAUCUUCUUUUGCUGUUAUAAGUAGGAUAUGUGUACUUAAUUAGUCGGUUUGUAUGAAUGAAUUUUCCGAUACAUGUAUGUGUGAUUUUGAUGUCAGUUUAAUAAAUCUCCGUCUCUACAACAUUCGUUUGAACAAUUUUUUUUAGUUUUCAUUAGUAAACUGGUUAUCAACGC